UCCUCCUCCUCCUCUCGUAGGAGGAGGGGGUGAGGGAGGGACUGUUGCUGAUUUCUGGAUGUUCAGGGUAGUCUGAGAAGGAGAGUAUGGGGCGAGCUCCAGCCCGGGUGCGGCCGGGCUUCGGGGCCCAAGGCGCAGCAGCCGCCGCUGUCUGACUCGCGCCUGCGAGGCCCAGCGCGCGGAUGGUGCCAGGGCGGCUCGAGUGUUGAUCCGUGUGUCCCUUCCCCCUCCUCCCCUCCCCCACGCAGUGGUCUCCCCUCUUACCCCGGCCGGGCAGAGCCAUGUCUCGGGGUGGCUCCUGCCCACACCUGUUGUGGGACGUGAGGAAAAGGUCCCUCGGGCUGGAGGACCCGUCCCGGCUGCGGAGCCGCUACCUGGGAAGAAGAGAAUUUAUCCAAAGAUUAAAACUUGAAGCAACCUUGAAUGUACAUGAUGGCUGUGUUAAUACAAUCUGUUGGAAUGAGACUGGAGAAUAUAUCUUAUCUGGCUCAGAUGACACCAAGUUAGUAAUUAGCAAUCCUUAUAGCAGAAAGGUUUUAACAACAAUUCGUUCAGGGCACCGAGCAAAUAUAUUUAGUGCUAAGUUCUUACCAUGUACAAAUGAUAAGCAGAUUGUAUCCUGCUCCGGAGAUGGAGUAAUAUUUUAUACCAAUGUUGAGCAAGAUGCAGAAACCAACAGGCAAUGCCAAUUUACGUGCCAUUAUGGAACCACCUAUGAGAUUAUGACUGUACCCAAUGACCCCUAUACUUUUCUCUCAUGUGGUGAAGAUGGAACUGUUCGGUGGUUUGAUACACGCAUUAAAACUAGCUGCACAAAGGAAGAUUGCAAAGAUGAUAUUUUAAUUAACUGCCGGCGUGCUGCCACAUCUGUAGCUAUUUGUCCACCAAUACCAUACUAUCUUUCUGUUGGUUGUUCUGAUAGCUCAGUACGAAUAUAUGAUCGGCGAAUGCUGGGCACAAGAGCUACAGGGAAUUAUGCAGGUCGAGGAACAACUGGAAUGGUUGCCCGUUUUAUCCCUUCCCAUCUUAGUAAUAAGUCCUGCCGUGUAACAUCUCUGUGUUACAGUGAAGAUGGGCAAGAGAUUCUUGUUAGUUACUCUUCAGAUUAUAUAUAUCUUUUUGACCCAAAAGAUGAUACAGCAAGAGAACUUAAAACUCCUUCUGCAGAAGAGAGAAGAGAAGAGUUACGACAACCUCCAGUGAAGCGUUUGAGACUUCGUGGAGAUUGGUCAGAUACUGGACCCCGAGCAAGGCCUGAGAGUGAACGAGAACGUGAUGGAGAGCAAAGUCCCAAUGUGUCAUUGAUGCAGAGGAUGUCUGACAUGUUAUCAAGAUGGUUUGAAGAAGCAAGUGAAGUUGCACAAAGCAAUAGAGGACGAGGAAGGUCUCGACCCAGAGGUGGAACGAGUCAGUCUGAUGCUUCAACUCUUCCUACGGUGCCAUCAAACACUGAUUUGGAAGUGGGUGAAAUGGCAAUGGAAGUAGAUGCUCCUGCUGAACAGUUUCUUCAGCCUUCUACAUCCUCUCCAUCAGCUCAAGAUCAUUCAAUAUCAACUGCAGAAAGUCCUCAUUCUACUUCCAUGCUUCCUUCUCCAGACAGGGAACAAAGGCAGUCCGUUGAGGCUUCUGGACACCAUACACAUCAUCAGUCUGAAUUUUUAAGGGGGCCUGAGAUAGCUUUGCUCCGUAAACGCCUGCAACAACUGAGGCUUAAGAAGGCUGAGCAGCAGAGGCAGCAAGAGCUGGCUGCGUGUUCCCAACAGCAGCCUUCCACUUCUGAUCAGUCUUCUCAUGAGGGCUCUUCAAAGGACCCUCUUGCUUCAGAUUCUCCUUCUUCUGUGGUUAACAAACAGCUCGGAUCCAUGUCACUUGACGAGCAACAGGAUAACAAUAAUGAAAUGCUGAGCCCCAAGCCAGGGACAGGUGAACCAGUUUUAAGUUUGCACUACAGCACAGAAGGAACAACUACAAGCACAAUAAAACUGAACUUUACAGAUGAAUGGAGCAGUACUGCAUCAAGUUCUCGAGGCAAUGGGAACCACUGCAAACCUGAGGGUCAGGAGGAGCCCCUGGUCCCACAGAGCUCCAUGCAGCUGCCGGAGGGAGAUACUGAGACAAAAGUUCCUGAAGAAUCAUCAGAGAAUGUGACAAGAUCUCAGGAAGAUACAUCUACAGAAGACACGACUCAGAAUCGCACACUUACACAGCCAGCACAAUCAGAUCAAUUCACAUCUGAGCCAUUGGAUUCCAGCUCAGGGGAAAGGAAUGACUUCAAUCCUGAUAACCCUUGUGGGGUUGCAGAAGAAUCACCUUUGUCUGAAAAAGACAAAGAACCAGGAACUUCAGAUCAAACAAGCACAGAGGGUGCUACCAGCCAAAAUACCACCAAUCCUGAGACUCAGUCUCACACAGAAGCCAUUGGGCCUUUGGCUCAGGAGGACGCAUCAGCUAGGGACUCUACCCUCCAGGAUACAGAUGACAGUGACGACGACCCAGUCUUAAUCCCAGGUGCACGGUAUCGGGCAGCACCUGGCGAUAGACGCUCUGCUGUUGCCCGCAUUCAGGAGUUCUUCAGGCGGAGAAAAGAAAGGAAAGAAAUGGAAGAACUGGAUACUUUGAACAUUAGAAGGCCACUAGUAAAAAUGGUUUAUAAGGGCCAUCGCAACUCCAGGACAAUGAUAAAAGAAGCCAAUUUCUGGGGUGCUAACUUUGUAAUGAGUGGCUCUGACUGUGGCCAUAUCUUCAUCUGGGAUCGUCACACUGCUGAGCAUUUAAUGCUUCUGGAAGCUGACAAUCAUGUGGUAAACUGCCUGCAGCCACAUCCAUUUGACCCAAUUCUAGCCUCAUCUGGCAUAGAUUAUGACAUAAAGAUCUGGUCACCCCUAGAAGAGUCAAGAAUUUUUAACCGAAAACUUGCUGAUGAAGUUAUAACUCGAAAUGAACUUAUGCUGGAAGAGACUAGAAACACCAUUACAGUUCCAGCCUCUUUCAUGUUGAGGAUGUUGGCUUCACUGAAUCAUAUCCGAGCUGAUCGGUUGGAAGGUGACAGAUCAGAAGGCUCUGGUCAGGAGAAUGAAAAUGAGGAUGAGGAAUAAUUAACUCCUAUUGGCAAGCACUUAGAUGUUCUAAAAUUUGUAUAAGACAUUUAUUAUAUUUUUUUCUUUACAGAGCAUUAGUGCAAUUUUAAGGUUAUGAUUUUCUGGAGUUUUUCCCUUUUGGGGAUGAUAACCUAACAUUGGUUUGGAAUGAUUGUGUGCAUGAAUUUGGGAGAGUUUGUAAAGCAAAACUAGCAAAAUGUUUUUAAAACCUUUUGCCAUGAAUGUGGAGUGCUAGAAAAUGCAAAGUGCAAUAUUUUCCCUAACCUUCAGAUGUGAGAGCUUGGAUCAAUGUUGAAGAAUAAUUUUCAUUAUAGUGAAAAAUGUUGGUUCAAAUAAAUUUCUACACUUGC